AUGCGGACGCUGGCGGUGCUUGUGAUCCUUGCUUUGGCGGGAGGAAAGGUGGCAGCGGACCACUCCAAACUGUCAACGAAAGAGUGCUUCAGGGAGGGGGGGAAAUGUACUCCAAAGAGCGACUGCGAAUCGAGCGCUGCCAAGCUGACCCCGUGUGAGGAGCCGGGCGCCGUGUGCUGUAGGGCCGCGGCCGUCGGCAGUCUCUCCAGGGAUGGUCUCCUGGGCUUUGACACACUCUCCAUAGAGCCACGAGUUGAUAGGUGCAGCAACCGGAAGUGCAGACGGUGGUACAGAGGUUGGUGGACGAGGACCCCCGAGAACUGUCAACCCAAACGGCGUCUGGUUAUGUCCUGUCCCUCCUCAAGCAAAUGGUGCUGCGCCCCGCCGUGCUCCGAGAAGCCCUCGUGUCGCAUUAAGAAGGGUUACUGCGUCACGGAAGAAUCGCAGUGCAGAGGCAGAAUCCACCACAAAGGGUGCAGGGGCAAGAUGUGCUUCUGCUGUAUCCCUGAUGGAACAAGUCCUCCUUGCAGCUGCACGGAACAAAGCAUGUGUACCUUUAAGAAAUUCCUCUCGGUAUGUAGCCCGCUUGGAUCCGUCACUGUGCCCGCCGACGGCUGCCUGAGCGUGCACAGCCCCAGAUACCCUUUUGCGUACUUUGACGGCCUCUCUUGCGCACUCAGUGUCUCAACGGAUUCAAGAUGUCAACUCGUCGUAGAUUUCUGUGACGUAGCUCUUGAGAAGUGUAUGUUCGACACGCUGCGGAUCGAUGGAGGAAACGCAAGUGGCGUCGCCUGCGGCCACACAGACCCUGCCCCUGUGGCUUCCUUGGACAGCAGCCUCAACUUCACCUUCUCGACAGACAACAAGCAGCGCAGCCGAGGCUUUCGCUUGGCAGUGACUUCAGUCUGUUCUCCGUCAACUACAACCUCAACUUCAACCACAGUUACUUCAACUACUACAGCAACUCCUGCAGAGACAUGCGAAAUGUGCCAGUGUACUUACACCGAGGCAGCUGCGGGUGAAAUAGUCUCCCCGAAUUACCCGAACCCGUAUGACAACUAUCAUGACUGCCAGAUGCGGAUCGUGGUUCCAGAGGGCUACAUCAUCAAGUUCACUUACUUACUGUUUGAAUUAGAGUAUGAAAAUACCUGUUCUUAUGACAGCUUCCAAAUCUACGACACUAUUUUUGCGGAUGGGCCUAGAUUCUGCGAUACCACCGCUCCGAACUUCACCGUCUCGUCGACCAACGACGUGACCAUAGUCUUCCAAACGGAUACUAACAUCGUUGCUAAUGGGUUUCGACUCACCUUUGAAAGCGUGGCAAUCUAAUCCGAACUGGAUCCGAGAAACACUGAGGUUGACUUUGCACGACACAGACCAACGGCAGAACACUUAUCAAAUUUCUCUGACGAAGUGACUGGAAUAAGAGAAAACGCUGGAAAAGAAAAAGAAAAAAACAAUCAGUAUACAUGGACCAUUGGCAAUGAUUCUUUUAGAAGGCUCUGUCGCGUAAUUUUACGUUCAUCACAAACCUCGUAUUAUUAAAAUUCGAGCAGAAGUUGAACGAUUUUUAAAUACUUUUAGAAUACUUACGUUCAUCAUUGUUGACAUUCGGCAGGAGUUGAGUAAUGAUAAAGAUGGCAUCACUUCCAAAUACAGAAAUACUAACAUCAUUAUUGAAACUAUGAUUACGAUGAUAAUAGCAACAACAGUGGUAACGAAAUUAACAAUAAUGAUGAUGCUUUAGCUGCUUCCAUUGCUAAUAGACGAAUAAUGCCGAUAUAUGAAUAUGAUGAAGAAAAUAUUGAUAAAAUAAAUAAUGAUCGUAGUCAUAUAAAUAAUAUUUAAAAUAACGAAGAAAAGCAGUUAACAAUAGUAUUAAGAAAUAUGAAGGUAAAAAUGAUAUGAUUUUCAUCAGUGUUCACCCCCUCCACUACAUACCAAGGGCAACGUAAUAUUGGAGGAACAACGCGGAAGAUUACGAAGGGAAAAUGAAGGUAAAAAACUUGCAGAGAAUGAAAAUGAAAUCUAUACAGAGAAAGAGUAAAUAAAAGUAUAGCCUUC